AUGUUGAGAUAUAUCGCUUGCUUUGGUAUUGUUCUGCUUGUGGGUGCCGUAGGUGCUGCAAUCAUUCCAAGAGAAGAUGAUUGUGGUCUGAUUUUCGAAUGCGAAUAUCAAGAUAUUGUUUGUAUUGAACAAGUCUUCCGAAUCCUCCCCCAUUGUCAGACACAAAUAGCUGAGCAAUUGGAAAAGCGAACCCCGAUGAUAAACAGUAAACGUCAUAGUCGAGCUAAAGACAUUUUCUUGAAAAGCUAUAUGAAUCGCAUCGGAUGA